UAGAACAUGGCAGGUGGCAGCAUCACCGGAGAUUCCUGCAUCCAAAAUCAAAAACCUAAAAAUCGAUUCAGAACAACCUUUUUCCAAGAACCCCAUUCGUCUCUCCCACUUCAUCGUACCUCUCUCUCUCUCUCUCUCUCUCUCUACAUUUUCUCUUUUUUACGUCUUUCCUUCCUGUAAUCCGCCCUAACCCUUUACUUUAUUCAGCAAUUAGCUCAACCCCUUUCCUCAUCUUGCAAUCCAUCACAUGCCUAUUAUUCUUAUUAUUUAUAAAUCAUCAUGAUUUCACUUUCCCCAUUGCCCUCUUUGUAGAUCAGAAGUUUAAUCAAGAAUAGUUGAUUUUAAAAGAGGGGUUUUGAGUUUUUGAUCAAAUGUUGAACUUUAACAAGCCUAGAAGUCAGCCAAGGCCUCCCAGGUCUUAUGCUUUAGGAGGUGUGGAUCAUACAGAGCCAAUUAAGAAGAAAGGGUUUGUAAGGAAGAUUGUUUUUGCUUUUGCACUUACAGCAUUAUGCAUCUUUAUGCUUAAACAGUCUCCUACUUUCAAGAGUCCUAGUCCAUUCUCUAGGUCUGAAGCAGGGGUCACUCAUGUUUUAGUAACCGGAGGCGCUGGCUAUAUCGGUUCCCAUGCUACACUACGCCUUCUCAAAGACUCUUACCGUGUAACUAUAGUGGAUAAUCUCUCUCGUGGAAACAUAGGUGCAGUCAAAGUUCUUCAAGAAUUGUUUCCCGAACCCGGGAGACUUCAAUUCAUUUAUGCUGAUUUGGGAGAUGCAAAAGCCGUACACAAAAUCUUUUCAGAAAAUGCAUUCGAUGCGGUUAUACAUUUUGCAGCGGUUGCGUAUGUUGGGGAGAGUACUCUUGAUCCUUUAAAGUAUUAUCACAAUAUUACAUCGAAUACGCUGGUGGUACUGGAGGCUAUGGCCGCACAUAAUGUUAAUACUUUGAUAUAUUCGAGCACAUGUGCGACUUAUGGAGAGCCUGAGAAGAUGCCGAUUACCGAAGGAACUCCUCAGAACCCAAUUAAUCCGUAUGGGAAAGCCAAAAAGAUGUCAGAAGAUAUUAUUCUGGAUUUCCAUAAAAAUUCAGACAUGGCGGUCAUGAUUUUAAGAUACUUUAAUGUGAUUGGGUCGGACCCUGAUGGAAGAUUAGGUGAAGCACCAAGACCAGAAUUGCGUGAGCAUGGAAGAAUAUCAGGUGCAUGCUUCGAUGCGGCCCGUGGAAUUACUAAUGGACUCAAGGUUCGAGGAACCGACUAUAAAACCCCAGAUGGAACAUGCAUACGGGACUAUAUCGAUGUUACUGAUUUAGUUGAUGCUCAUGUAAAAGCACUUGAAAAUGCGAAACCCGGGCAUGUUGGUAUUUACAAUGUUGGUACAGGAAAAGGAAGAUCAGUUAAAGAAUUUGUGGAAGCUUGCAAGAAGGCAACAGGGGAACCAAUCAAAGUAGAGUAUCUGCCACGUAGACCCGGCGACUAUGCUGAGGUGUUCAGCGACCCGUCAAAAAUACUCCGUGAACUCAACUGGUCAGCGCAGUUUACUAAUCUGGAAAAGAGUUUGCAAGUUGCAUGGAAAUGGCAGAAAUCGCAUCGCGACGGAUACGGGCCCACAAAAGCUUUGUUUUAACUUUUGGUACGGGAUUUGGCGGACCGUUGAUUGAAGGUGGUGAAAGACUGAAGAUUUACUUGAUUUUGACCUGGUUUCAUGAUUAGGGUGUAUUAUGAAAAUAGGGGUUGUUGAGAUUUAGGGUAUUUUUUCCCACAUUGAUCAUAUUAUUAUUAUUUCUUACAUGGGUGUGGACUUGUAUGUACCCAUACAUUAUAUGUAGCAGGAAACUGAAUACAUCUUAGAAAUAAUGCCUUGUCAGGUGUAGCGAUAUUGUAUGGUCUGGAUUUAUGAUUUAUAGAAGCGUUUGGUUCACAGGA